AUGCUGUGCGCCAAUGAUAACACGCCCAUCUGCGGGCGUAGUCAAGGCGCAUAUUUGCUGUUCAAGAACGAGUGCGAUUUGAGGAAUGCGCAGCGCGAGAAUCUCAUGGGCGGACCCAUAUUUGAUGUCGCGCUGCAUUAUUGUCUGCCCGGCUGCGACUUCGAGUGCGAUGCCGCCUCCCAGCCCGUUUGCGGUGUGAGCGUGGCUUCGGGCGAGCGCAGGAGCUUCAGGAAUCGCUGUGAAAUGAUGCGCGCCGCGUGCCGCAGCAAAUCCGACUGGCUGGUCCAGAUGUGGGGCACGUGUCCACGUGGCCAGCGGCAGCCCAAGCAGCCGGCGCACACGGUGCUCGUGGGCCAGCGCAGGCGUCGCCGGCCCAUACCCUGCACGAACGUGUAUCGGCCGGUGUGCGCCAGCUAUGCGGGCGUCAAGUCGACCUUCUCGAACGAGUGCCUGGUCAACGCGGAGAACAUACGCACCCGAAGAAAUUGGCGCAUCAUCUCGGAGGGCAUGUGCGGCGAGGACAGCACCAAGAUGAAGCACAAUCGCAAGUGGAAGCCAAUGGUCAAGGCCAAUGCCAAGCCCAAGUCCGAGUCGCAGAUGAUGGAGCGCAGCAAGCGCAGUCACCAGCAGCAGCUCAAUCAGCUGGAUGAGGACUUUGAGCUGCCGGAGGAUGCGGUGCAAAUCUUUGCGCCCUCCACAUUUCACACGCAAUUCAUCAGCAACACGGGCACCAUGGAGAAGAGCUAUUCCCUGCCUGCCCGCCAGCCUCAGCCGAGCAUCCGGCGUCUCUAUGGCAGCACAGCUAAAAUCCGCAAUGGGCAGGAGCUGGGCCAAUUGCAGGGGCAGAGCUCAAAGCCGUGCGUGUUCAGUAAUGAGCCCGUCUGCGGCAGCUUCAAUGGCGAGAGCCGCACUUUUGCCCAUGUGUGCGCUCUGAUGGAGCACAGCCAGGCGGCGGGCAAUGCAUGGACCAUUCUGUACGAGGGCCGCUGCCGGCGCUGCGAUAAGCCCUGUCCCAGCGCGUACAGCCCGAUUUGCGCCAAUCGCAAUGGCAUUAGCUACACCAUCAUUAACGAGUGCUAUCUGGAGCGGGUGCGCUGUAAGGAUCCGAAUAGCGAUUGGAAGAUCACGCACAAAGGCGAGUGCGCCCCGCCCGCCGAGGAGGUGGCCCACGGCUUACCUCCGCCCAGUCCGAAGCCAAUGGCAUAUCGCAUUCCCCACAUGCUCUACGCAGCCAGCAGCUCCAGCUCCAGCUCCAGCUCCAGCUCCAGCUCAUCCACAACCACAACCUCUCCUAGACCAAGCGCUUUGACCAGGACAAGGACAUCUACUCCAGGACCACGUCGCCUGCUGAGGAAGCUUAAGCGUCCGACGCCCACGCCCAAGGAUCUGAGCAAUCGCAAGAUACGCAAAAUCGAGCUACACAAUUUCGAAGGCUUCGAUGCGCAGCCCAUUAAGGCGCCAGCAACAAGCAAAUUGUGGAGCUCCAAGGAUAGCUGGCAGGCGACAGACAAUAGCUCUGAAGACACAACCGAAAACACAUCAAAUAAAGACAUGGUGGAAGCUGUUUCCACCAGCAGCAGCCUUGAUGAAGCCACCAGCGAGUUCCUUGAUCCAAGCACAGCGGAUGACACGGCGGCAACAUCAACAACAACAGCAACAACACCAGCAACAGCAGCGGCAUCAACAACAGCAGCAACAACAACAAAUACUGACAGCUCCAGCGUGAGGUCAAGCACUCCAAACCUGGACUACAUGUCGGAUGAGCCGCAGAGCACACAGAGUGGGCAUACCUCAAUUUACGGGCUCGAUAAGAACUCGCUGAUCAUGAAAUUGUUGCGGGCGCGAAGCGGUAAGAAUAUGGUCUUAUAA